AUGGCCUCCGAGACCCCCUCUGAAUGGCCUCUUCUCAGAGGUGGAGUGGAAAGAGGAGCCAGGCAGCUUCCUCAGGUAGGGAAAGAGCAACGGGAGCAGGGAGGAGGGAAGAGGCACAGAUGGGACCACCCAGCCUCCCUCUGUGUUGAGUGGGGAUGAUGGGGAUCUAAGAGCAGCUCUGUCUUCUUCCUCUUCUUCUUCCAGGCCCUCUUGACCUUUGAGGAGGUGGCUGUGUUUUUCACGGAGGAGGAGUGGGCUCUGCUGGAUCCUGGCCAAAGAGCUCUGCACAAGGAAGUCAUGGAGGAGAAUUAUGAGAUGGUGGCCUCUCUAGGUAAGGGCACAUUUUUAUUCCUCCUGGCUGUUAGACAUUGGAGGUGUGAAUCUGCUGUUUGAGCCAUUAUUCAUGUCAUAUCUUCUUUGGCAAAUCCUCGUAGCCAAGUAAGAUUGUCUUCCAUGAACACGGUCUUAAUGGUGUGUUCGUAAGUGACUGUUGAGUUCAAUUCUGGAUCCACACAUCCUCCUGCGUUGGGAACAUUGAUUUCCGUGCAGGAGUUAAUCACAGUGAGGGUUUGCCAAAUGUACUUUCCUCUUAGCUUGCUUCUCCCUUUUGUACAUCUCAUCCUCUGUCGUCCCCUUCUCCUUGUGUCCUCAAUCUUUCCCAACAUCAGGGUCUUUUCCAGGGAGUUUUCUCAUAAGGUGGCCAAAGUAUUGGAGUCUCAGCUUCAGGAUCUGUCUUUCCAGUGAGCACUCAGGGCCGAUUUCAUAUGGUAGAAGGUUCCAAUCUGCUUUAAAAUUAAUAUUUUUUGUCCUCAGUUUUUUCCACUCUUUAUGUUCAAUUACAUAACCUAAGUCCUGCUCCCAUCUUGUUAUGGUCUUUCCCUUUUCCUCUGUUUCUAUUUGAGUAUUCUGUAACAGCAUGUACAUUCUGGAGAGAGUCUUUUGGUUGUUCUGUAAAACCUCCUUCUCUAAGAUCGAUGCUUUAUUAUCAAACCCUAUUAACAUCUUAUCUUUUUCAAAGGUUACCCUAAGCUGGUAAUAUUCUAGCCAAUUUAUCCCUAGUUGUUUGAGUUCUUCAGACCUUUUCAGUUUCAUCCACCAAGUCUAUGUUAGUUGGUCAGUUAUUAUUCAUGUUAUUCUUAUGAAUGGCAGUUGACUCUAUAGGUGAUAUCCACCAAGGGUUUUUUGUUAUAACUUUGGAUUUAUUCCUCUCCAAAACUUUGAAUAAGGCCUUCCUCACUAGGUGGUUCAUGAAGCCUUUCUGUGCUUUUAUUUUAUCAUGACAUAAGUAGCCAUGCCACCUGAAAACCUUGUCCCAGCCCUCUAAAUCCAAGACUUCAGUAUUCCUAAGCAGCAUCCAGUCUUUCAACCAAGUCCAGCAUGCAGCCUCAAGGUACAUUCUGAGGUCCGGGACCACGAACGCUCCUCUUUCUCUGGGUUCCGUCAACAAUUAAAAUUUCAUUCUUGCUUUUCUGCCCUGCCAAAUAAAAUUGGCCAGGUCCCUCUGCCAAUCUUUAAAACAUUUUGUCCCAAUAAUUGUUGGAAUUGUCUGAAAGACAAAGAGGAUUUGGGGAAGUACUGUCAUUUUAAUCAUUGAUAUUCUUUCCAUUCUUAAGUUGGGAAUAGAAUAGUUGCUUUGGAAGACGAUAAUCAGGCAUCUGAACAACAUGACAAGUCCAAUGAAGUUGAUGUUGAAGAUUGUAGUUUAUAGCAAUGCUGUACUUUUGUCAGUAGGUAACUCUUCAUAAGCUGAUAUUGUUGUAUGAAACCCUCACCCCCCCAAAAAAAUCCUAUGUAAAAUAUAGAAAGAGACUGACAGGUUAAUAAUGGUGGCAUGAGGUUUCCUGGUCCACAUCAUUUAUUAACUUUUAAUGGUUCACCAGAUACUUUGCUGUCUUUGCUGUGUAUUUUUACAGUCACAUAUAUAUAAACAGCACUUCUGUUUUCCUUAUUCCACAUAGCAGAGGGUCUGAUACUCAGGUCUGAGCUCAUCUCCUCACUUGGAACAGAAAAAUACGGGGAUGUUGUCCCGGACAAAUUGAGAGGUACAUACUUCCACUUUGCUGUGAGGCUGUACCUUUGCCCUUUUGGAUCAGAACGAGGGCCCAUCUUUUCCAGCAUCCUGGUGCAGGUUUAGGUGAUGUGUACAGUGGGUUGGACUGUAUCAGGAAUAAAUUACAGAUCAAGGAGGAAGCAGAAAACUGGGUACAGAGGUGCAGCAUUUUCACAGGAGGGGGAAAGUGUCUCCCUCUGGAUGUGGCUGCACCACAACUCCCAUCAUCCCUGGUCAUUGGCCAUCUUUGUUUGGGUUGAUGGUACUUAGAGUCCAACCACAUCUGGAGGGCCAUAGAUGCCUCACCUCAGCAUAGAAAGUUUCUCUUGGUGUUCAGUGUUACAUGGGAGUUGAAGGUAGAACUGGAUACUAAGUGUUCUUGAGACUAUUUUCAGAUUUCCUUUCCUUUCGUAUAAAUUUGGUACAUAGGAGUGGGAAGAAUACUGGAGGUGUUAAAAGAAGAGAAGGUGCUGAUUGGUCUUGUUUUGUUUUAACUUCUCUGGUUUUCUUCCUUGAAUACCUAACAAUAUUAUCUUUCUCUCCCACUUUAAACCAGGUGAUGGAGAAGGCAAUCAGAAUUUUGAGGGGCCAUCUGUAAAGUACUUCAGUGUGAGUGAACACCUUAGCACACAUCUACAAACUAACACUGGGGAGAAACUCUUUAAAUGUAUGGAGUGUGGGAAGAGUUUCAGUGAAAUUGGAAUACUUACCAUACAUCAAGGAAUUCACACAAAGGAGAAACCAUUUAGAUGUAUGGAGUGUGGAAAAAGCUUCAGUAAGAAUGGAACUCUUUCAAGACAUCAACGAACUCACACAGGGGAGAAACCAUUUAAAUGUUUGGAGUGUGGGAAGAGCUUUAGUGAGAAUGGAUCUCUUGCAAAACAUCAACGAACUCACACAGGGGAGAAACCAUUUAAAUGUAUGGAUUGUGGGAAGGGUUUCAUUGAGAGAGGAGCUCUCACAAAACAUCAACGAACUCACACAGGGGAGAAACCAUUUAAAUGUAUGGAGUGCGGAAAGAGCUUCAGUGAAAAUGGAAAACUUACUGUACAUCAACGAACUCACACAGGGGAGAAACCAUUUAAAUGUAUGGAGUGUGGAAAGAGCUUCAUCUGUAGUUGGAAACUCACUGAGCACCAACAGAGUCACACCGGGGAGAAACCAUUUAAAUGUAAGGAUUGUGGGAAGGGUUUCAGUGAAGGUGCAAAACUGACAAUACAUCAACGAACUCAUAUAGGGGAGAAACCAUAUAAAUGUAUGGAGUGUGGGAAGGGUUUCAUUCAGUGUGGAGCUCUUACAACGCACCUACGAACUCACACAGGGGAGAAACCCUUUAGAUGUAUGGUGUGUGGACAGAGCUUCAGUUACAAUGGAAUACUUACUGUACAUGAACGAACUCACACAGGUGAGAAACCAUUUAAAUGUAUGGAGUGUGGGAAGGGUUUCAUUGAGAGUGGAGCUCUUAGAAAACAUCAACGAACUCACACAGGGGAGAAACCAUAUAGAUGUUUGUAUUGUGGGAAGUGCUUCAGCCAGAGUGGAGCUCUUACAAGACAUAAACGAUCUCAUACAGGGGAGAAACCAUUUAAAUGUUUGGAGUGUGGAAAGAGCUUCAUUUGCAGUUGGAAACUCACUGUGCACCAACAUAGUCACACCGGAGAAACCAUUUAA